AUGCCUCCAAAGGAUACCCAAAAAGACAAAACAUCGGAGGAGGAGGAAGUCUUACAAGCCGUCGUCCUCGCCGACAGUUUCAACACCCGGUUCAAACCAUUAACACUGAACACACCCCGAUGCCUACUACCGAUAUGUAACGUCCCUAUGCUGUUGUGGACGUUUGAGAGCCUAGCUCUGGCAGGAGUGGAGGAGAUAUUCGUUUUCUGCAACGCCCAUUCGGACCAAAUCAAGGAGGCCAUCCAGACAUCCCGUUUCGCCCAACCCGCUGCGGGACUGCGUAUCGUUCCUGUCGUUUCACCGCGUACGAUGUCUGUGGGAGAUGCGAUGCGUGAGUUGGACGAGAAGCAGCUGAUCUCUUCCGACUUUAUAUUGGUUGCGGGGGAUGUGGUGAGCAACCUUCAAAUUGAUCGGGUUGUCAGGGAGCAUAAGGAGCGGAGGAGAAAGAACAAAGAUGCGAUCAUGACUAUGGUCGUUAAGCGGAGUGGGGCAUUUCAUAGGACACGGCCGGUAGGGGAUACUUCUGUCUUUGUGCUCGAUCCUGAGACCUCCGAAUGCGUGCACUACGAGCCCAUACUCGCCGAGCCGCGGAGGAGAAACAUCCUCCUCCCUCGUGAAGUCCUCGAGAAGCACGCCGAGGUCGAGGUGCGAAACGACUUGAUUGACUGUGCGAUCGACGUGUGCUCCGUGGAUGUGCCGGUGCUCUUUAGCGAGAACUUUGAUUAUCAAGAUCUGAGAAGGGACUUUGUCCACGGAGUGCUGACGAGCGACUUGCUGGGCAAGUCUAUAUACUGUCAUGUGGUUGAACAGGGAUAUGCAGCUAGGGUGAGGGAUACGAAGUCGUACGCAGCGGUCAGCAAGGAUAUCAUAUCGAGAUGGACGUACCCUUUGGUGCCUGGGGACAAUCUGCCUGGAGGUGACGAGUACGAGUAUCGUCGAGGAAACCGAUACAUCUCAAAAGAUAACGUCAUGAUGUCAAGAACAUGUACAAUAGGAAACGACACAAUCCUCGGCCCUUCAACACGAAUACACGACAAUGCUCGAAUAGAAAACUCUGUGAUUGGGCCCCGCUGCUCAAUCGGACCGGGUACGAUCAUCCGGGACAGCUUCAUCUGGAAUGACGCGUACGUCGAAGGCAGCUGCGUGAUCGAGGGGUGCAUUAUCGGCCAGUCAGUGCACAUCGGGACGGGCUCUGUGGUGAGGAAAGGGUGCUUGAUCGGGGAUGGGACGCGGCUGGGGCCGAAGGCGAAUGUUGUUGAGUUCAAGAGAAUCUCGAGGGAGAAGCCGGAGGAUGAGGACGAGGAAGAAGGGGACGAGGAGAAGCAUGAGCUUAACGGGCUGGUUAACGGUCUAGCCGACACCGUGCUGGAGCUGGGGGAGCACGCAGAAGCAUACGUUUGGCCAGACACAGUAGGUGCAGAUGUCGGUGCGGACGGAAGGUCGUCUUCCGCUGCGAGGGAUGCGGAUUCAGAAGAUGAGGAGACGGAAGCCUGGGGGAACCUCAAGCAUCUGCGGAUGGGAGACGAAGGGUUCGACCCCUACUUCUCCGAUACGGACUCGUCGGAGGAAGAAGAAGAGUCGAGCCUGGCCUCGCCUGCGUCCGGGGUUCUGCUCACCCCUGGUGGGCAUCCAAUCCCCGAUUUCACCCUUGGGCCCCGGUCGUCUGCCAACUUCCGGUCAGAGUGUAUCUCCUCUCUCGAGCGGGCGCUCGCAGAAGGGCACACGGUGGAUGAUGCUGCGAUCGAGCUGAAGACGCUGCGCAUGGCGAGCAACGUUACGAUGACCGAGGUGCGCGAGGUGGUGGUGGAGUUUGUGGUGGGACUCGUCAAGGGUGACCCGGGCAGCGCGGUGCAGAAGAAUAAUAUUACCCCGGUCGUCGAGCGCUGGGCGGGGCUGAUCAUCAACCUCGUAGCGUCGGAGCGGGUUGAGGUGCUUCUGCUUCUUCAGAAAACAUGUGCUCGGUUACCAAACUACCUGAGCGCGUUUAAGUUCUUCCUUUACGCGUUCUAUAAUGAGGACAUCGUGGAUAGCCUCUCUAUCCGAGCGUGGCUGAAAGACCCGCGGUCUAGGGAAGGGGUGGGUAAGGCGAGCGAGGGGAAUAUGGAAGUGUGUUGGAAGCAAGGAGUGCAGACUCUGGCUGUUAUAGAGGCUGAUGAAGAGGAUAGUGAGGAUGAGGACGAUGAGUAG